AUCUUAAAUUCUUAUUCAUAACAAUAAUUUCAACUUUCUUGAAAAAUAUUUUUCUUGUCUAGUCAAUUUUAAAAAAGUUUGGGUCAAUAUGAGUGUAUAACCUUUUUUUUAUAAAUUAAUUAAUAGUAAAUUUAAUUGCGUUUUAAAAAUAUGCAUGAAUUAAUAGAAGAUAGGGAACCCGAAUACUCCGUCCGGUGACAAAUGUGAUAUUUAGGUAACUAAAAAUAUAUUCACUAUGGAUAAAGAUACAACAAUUAUUUAUGAGACUGUCCAUGGUAUGGAGGCAGAUUCUCCUUGGAAUUUGACUGAUGUACAUUUAGAUGAUAUUAAAAUGGAUAGUAAUUUUGCCUGGAUGCUCUUUUCACUCAUUUUAGGCAUUGUUUGGGUUAUUUAUAUAACAUACUACAACUCUCGAGUGACUGCAUAUAUUGUUACAAGAUUAUUAAUACGAUUUUAUGUAACUAAAGGAUACCUUAGUAUUGGAUCAUUUACUGUCUGCGCUCUUUCUGGUAAAAUAAUGUUUAGAGAUAUUAUUUACAUCACUGAAGAUUUUACUAUUAGAGUUCAAGAUGGUUGGUUGAUAUUUCGUUGGUGGCGUUCUUAUGUUCCCAAAGAUGUAUCCGAAGAUUUAUCACACUCCGACACUAGACUAUCUGUUAUGUUAAAUGGGUUUGAAAUGCAUUUAUAUAACCGGUGUAAAUUGUACAGUAAUUUAGAAAAAAUGUUUAACCUUGAUCCAACAAUUAUACCAUGGGAUGAAUUAAGCUCUAAAGAAGAAGUAAAUAAAAGUAAAGAUAAACAACAAGAAGCAGUUCUUGGUAAAAGUUGGAGAGAUCUUAUACCUGUGAUUAAAAUGGAGGUUUCUUCGGGCCGAGUUGUAUUUGGUAACCGAUUAAUACCUACUACAUUACUAGUCAAUGUCGAAGAAGCACAUUUUGUAUAUUCUACAAAACCAGCUGCUUCCAAGUUAGAUCAUUUUAUGCAUUUUGUGAAAUGUAAAGCUGAAAAUUUUAAAGUAAUAUUAGCUCCUAGUCCUAAGUAUACAGGUAUGGCUGAUGAUCCUCCUCGAUAUAUGGGUGCUGGCUUUGUUGUGUUUUCUUCAAAUAAUAUAGAACUUUAUUAUUAUAUGGAUGAACCCGGACUUGUUCCCGAAGAACCAGAAAUGUUACAACUUGCUAAUGGCGAUAUUGUAGAAUCAAAGCCACCCAUAUGGGGAAUUGAUAUAAAAUGUGGAAAGGGAACAGAUUUUAGUUAUGGUCCUUGGGCAGAUCGACAAAGAGAUCAUUUAUUUAAAUUAUUUUACCCUCAAGAUUAUCAACCUCUUAAGGUCAGUGAUUCUCCUUUACCUGGAGAAAAACGAUGCGUACAAACAUUUGAUAUUCGAUUAAAUACCCUUUAUGAAUCAACAAUUGAUAUAUUAUUUUCUAAAAAUAAAGAAACUAAUGCUGUUCAUAUAAAUGUUGGUCCUGGUUCAUAUAUGGAAAUAACAUUACCUUGGUUGGUGUCGCAUGAUGGUUAUACUACUAAAAUAACUGGACAGCUUCUUCAUUUAGAAGCUACUACAAGUUUACAGUUUCGAAGUUUACUGGAAAGUGAAACUUUAGAAUUUACUGCUCAUUGCCAUUAUCCUAUUCAAUGGAAUGAUCACCAAGAAUGGUUAUUUAAUUUAACUGGUUGUAAAGCUACUGGUUGGUUCACUUAUGCCCACAAAGGGUUUUUUCAAGAAAUGAUUAAUGAUUGGGCAAGUAAAAGUAGACCAGAUAUUUUUCAUUUUGUGCCUUAUACAUGGAAAUUUACUGUUCUAUUUAAAGAUUUUGAGUUAAUUACUAUUAGUAAUGAAUAUAAUUGGAUUGACUGUUCUUCUCAAAAUCAAGAAAAUGCCCUUAUUGCUGUUAGUGGUGAUUUAUUUGAUUUUUCAUUCGAUCUUCCAUUUAUUGGAUUUUUACCUGAAACCUUACCUCUUCGAUUUUGGAUUCAAGGAGAAAGCAUAGAUUUAUCUAUGUAUUUGCCUGUAGUAUGUACUAGUCGAAGUAUAUUAUUAUCAUUGAAUAAAAAUGCAAAAAUUCUUGGUCGAGAUGGCAAAGUUUAUAGAUCUAAAAUGAAUGAUAAUGGUCGUAAAUGGAGAAAUGUUUGUCAAAAGAGUCUUGGAUGGGUUGAUUGUUGGACUAUGCCAAUAGUAGCAUUAUCUAUCAAUUUUAUAUACCAUCCUAUGCCAAUGUUUGGCCCUCCCCCUCAAGCAAAUAUCACUACACCUGAGAAGGAAGAAAAAUUACUAUCACCGAUGAGAAUGCAACAUCACAAAACACAAAAUAUUUCAAUUCAUUGGACUGAAGAAGAUGGUCAAAAAUUUGAUCCUACUACUUUACCAUCAGAUAAGGUUAGUUUAGAGCUAGAAAUAGGAUCAUCAGUUAUAUUUUUGUAUGGUUCAUGGUUGAGACAUUUUUAUCAUUUAAAAGAAAGCAUUUUUGGAGAAGACCAAAUUUUUACUGAUAUGAAUGAAAAAUUAAAUCCAAAAAACCCAACUUCAGAUAAAAUUUCUGAGACAGAUAAAAAUAAUACUAAUGAUGCAGAAAUAAAAAAUCAGAUAGAUCUUCGAGAAUAUCGCCCAUUAGAUGUAGUUAUAUCAAUAACAAUGCAUGAUUUGCAAGCACAUUUAAUAAAAAAUUGUAAUGAUAAUGAUCCACCAUGUCCUGUGAUUAUAAUUGAACGAUUUGGAUUGGAAAUGAAAAAAGGUUAUAAUGAUACUCAACUGCAACUAUUAUUGUCUCCUAGUUUACUUAUAUCUAGUGACAAGCUAAGUAAUAGACAUAUAAAAGAUCAUCAUCUAAAUCAAGGACAUUUAAUGCUCUCUGCUUUACAGAUUAGAGGUCAUGCUAUGUUUAGUGAUACUCAAAGAAAACUUGAUCAAGACACUUUAGAAUAUGCUUGGCUAUUAGAAAUACAAUUAGGAAAACUGAGUGGAAAAGUUACUGCACCACAAUUAUUUCACAUAGUAACUGGCCUUGAAACAUUAUUCUUAUUGAUGAUUGAUUCUGAGAAUCAACUAAGACCUGCUCAUAUGCCACUUGAAUGUCAUCAUGGAUCACCACCAAUUAUGUGCCCUCAUAAUGAUUCUCAAGUUCAAUACCGAUGUCCAACAGCUGAUGAAAUAAAAUAUAGAAUGAUUCGUGUAGCUGUUGAUGCUGUAGAUAUUCACUUGGUAGAAUCAAGCACUGCCAUUAAUUUUUGGGCAUCACCAAUAAGAUUAUCACAUUGUAACUUGCACAGUAAUAAUUUAAAGUCUGGUAUUACUUUGGUUAUACCAACAGUAAAACUCAAACAGUUUAUUUGUAUAGGCAUGCAAAACAUACCCGGUAUAAAUAGUAAUACUAACACUACUGGAAGUAAUCGUUCUCAACAACGGUAUAAUACCAGUACAUAUUCUGAUAAUCAAGACAUUUGGUUGGAAAUUGGCUCUACUUCACUAGGUCCGUUAAUACUAGAAUUAGCGUCUUCACUAUCUGAUUCUGACAAAAACCUUCAUCUUGUCCAACAUAAGUAUUUAAAACUACACGAUGAAAAUUAUAAAAGACUUUGGUUUUUAUGGCCAAGUGAUAACCAAGUUUUAGUUGUUGGUAAAUGUGGUUGUGUUGGUGGUUGUGCUUUUUUUGGUUGUAAUAAAAAUGGUCAAAGAUUUUUCAAACCUUCAAUAAAUGAUACUCAAGAUGGUGUAAACGUUGCUGCUUUUAGAGUCAAUGAAUGUGGUAAAGAUCCAGGAUUUGGUCAAAGUAUUUUACACGAUUGUCAACUUAUUUUUCAUACUCCUCCUUAUAAUAUCGGUAGUGGUGUUUUUAUUCAUGACUAUCCAAUACCUCAAUGGCCUUCUAUCCGUCUUACUAAUAAGAUGUAUCAAGAACAAUGCAAUGGAACUAAAAGCAGUCCUAACACUUCUUCAAAUUUACCAUAUACUGUAAAAUCUGGGGUCAUACCAUCUCCUUUACCCACCUACCCUUUAUCUAGACGUUUUUCUUACUCAUCAGCUGCUAGCCGACUUAAUGAAGUACAAACUAUUAACUGUGAAGUGCCUUAUUCACGUCUUUUAGAUGUCAGUCCAAAUUCUGUACUUCCAUCAGAUUCACAACCAUCAUCACCUAACAAGUUCAAUAUUAAUAAAUCUAUUUUAAGUAUACCUGAAAAUACAUUAUCUGUAGACAAUGCCUCUUGUCCAAAAUACAGUAUAUCUGAUUCUAGACUAGCUGUUGACUAUUUUAAUUCAACAGUUUUACAGUAUAAUACAUUAGUUUCCAGCUUAGAAAAAAAAUCACCUACAACUAGUAAUAUUAAUUCUGCUCAAUCUUUACAUUUGACUAACUUAAAACAACCAUAUUCACGGACAAUUUCAAUAACUAGUGACAAUCCAUCUGACGUGUUUUUCUCAGCAGAAGAAGAUCUUACUACAGCAAGUUACCUAAAAAGUAAUGAUAAUUCUAAAUUGGAUUCAGAAAAAAGUUCAUCAUUGAAAAGUUCAUUAAAUAGCGAAUUUUUAAAUAAAAGUAAUUUUGGAAGUGAAUCUACAAUUGUAUCAAGUCAUUCCUCUGUACCUAGAAAAUCAAUGUUUGUCGAUAAUUUAAUUGUUCAAAAUAAUUCAACCAUGAAUCUAGAAGCAAUUAAUUGUGAUUUGGCUGAUGAUGAAAAAACAUUAUUAGCUGUUGACUUAUGCAAUGAAACAUUUCAUAGUCCAUUGGUAAAGCACAAACAUUUUGAAAAAAAUUUAGAUGGUGGACUUAUUGAUUCAUCUGAUUCACGAUCAGUUUCUAGUACAUCUUUUAUGUCUGCAAUGUCAUCUCAAGAAGAUUUAGCACUUGUAAACUUGCAUAUGCAUGUUAAUAAGCCUAUCAUGGAUUCUCCUCUAUUAGUUUCUACCUAUACAAAUCAUUUAUCCCAUGUAACUUGUAACAAUUGGUCUCAAUUAUCUUUACCAGCUGGUUCAGAUGUAUUUACAGUUCCAAUUUAUCAACACACUGUUGAUGAUAGAUUAGUAUUCAUUGGUAGUCGACAUGUACCAAAAUUUGAAGUAACGCAUGAAGGUUUUACUAGUUUAAAAAUGGUUCAAAGAACAGAUUCUAAAGAAAAAGAACCCAGUCCACUAACAGCUCAAACACAAAGUACCAAGAAAUAUACUUGGGAUCAACCACAAUUUGAUUAUACUCAAAAUUCUAAAGAAGUAUUUGAAAUUGAUUGUGAAGAAGAAAUGUUGUCUUUACGUAGCGAGACUGGUACACGCACAACUAUUAUUAUUAAAUUUAAAGGGGACAUUGAUUUAAUGAUUACUCCUUUAGUAUUAGAAUCUCUACAAAAGUUUAUUGACAGUCUAACUCCACUUUUGAGCCAACUUCAUCCUCUUUCUGUAUUGAAUCAUUUACAUUCGAGUUGUAUUAGUAGUGUCGAAGCAGCUAAUAUAUUAAAACGUGAUAAAUAUUUAAGUCAAAUGCAAGGUGGUGGUAGUAAAAGAAGUACUGUAGAAAGGGUAAAAUCAAAUGUGACGAAAGAUGUUCAGAUAGAUUUACAACAACCUAACAGAGUAUAUGAAGAAUUUAUAGCAUCGCAAGUUCAAGGAACUAUAGUUUUACCUAAAAUUAAUAUAUGUGUGCUUCAAGCUUCUAUUGUUGAAGAAGUCAUUUCAUUCUCUGCGCUUGAUAAUAUUAGGGAUUUAACCUGUGUUUCAUUAAUGGCAAUUUGUUUCGAAGAACUUACAACCAAAUUUCAUUUUAGUAAGCAGGCUAGGGAAAUUGUUCAAACAUAUCAUCCACCGGUUGUUGCACCUAGUGGUCAAAAAAAAGGUGUAUUGAGUAGAGCUGCUGGUAAAGCAUUUUUACUUGGUUUAAAUAUUACCUCAGAGGUUGAUCCAGAAAAUACACAUGGUGAACCUGUUUACAUUGAAACAUCUGAAAAACAGCAAGAAGAAACCGUUAUUACACUGCAUAUUACUAGAGCACAUGCACAAUUGCGCCGUUUACACAAUGAUUGUUCGAUAUUAAAAGAUGCCAUAAUUACAGCUAUACCUAGCCAUUGCUCAAAAGUCAUGUUUAAAACUUGUUCUAAAAUGAAACCUUCAGAUAUGCAAAUUAAUAUGAACCUUAAUAGUGAAGAAACAAUUUUGGCAAAUCUUUCUGAAGAAAAAACUGGAUUCAUCAUGAUGGAAUGUGGUUUUGAAGGAAUUUCAUUCAAGCUAAUAAAACGAUCAAAUUUUGAAAAAGAGAACGAUCGAGAGAUUAGAGAUGUACCUACACCUUCUCCAAUACCUGAUUCUAGUGGUUGUAAAAUUUCUCAAUCUGAUUUUCGCCCAAAAACAGAAGAAAAUAUAGACCCAAAGAUUGUGAAUAAUUCUAGUAAACAAGAUUUAGGAUGUUCAUCGCCUACUUUCACUACAAAGCAAAUUAAAACUACUUCUGAAAAUAAUAUUACUAAUGAAGACAUAAGUGAAAACACUGUAGCAAAACUUAAUGUUGAUAAAAAUGCGUCAUCUUGUGUCAUUGAAGUUUGUCAAGUAUGGUUCAAUUUUGCUGCUCCACCAUUAACUCCAAUUACACGAAAAAUAGAUUAUACAAGACUUGACUGGAAUUUACUAAGCACAGCAUCACCAGCUAUUAAUGCUUGGAUGAAUCCAAGUAAUCGCUUUGCAAUGCGUGUUGUUCAUAUGUUACGUACAAGAUAUAGACGUUGUACUGCUGUUGUAACAUGUCUAAUGGCUGAAGCACUUGAUGUUCAAAGUCUUCAUAUCCCUCCCAAGAGUCGAUAUAGACAUACUACACCUUUAGCAAAGACAUUACAAGAAGAUCCUUCAUGUCAGAUAUGUAAUAUUUUACAAAAAUAUCUAUUUCAAAGUGAAGCAACCAUUGAUGCUUAUUUGAAAGAUCCAUUUUUACCAAAUUUAUCAACAUUAAGACAAGGAGUCAUUGUUCUAAGUCGCCAAUGGAAAAAUAUUUUGUAUACUCCUUUAUUACUGGAACAUAAUUUUAAAAGUCGGCAUCAUAAUUUAAAACCAUUGAAUGUCACUUUUGCUGUUUCGGAUCAUGAAGAGGAUGGGGAGGCUUCAGGGGAAGAAUAUGGCGAAGGUAUAACAGAUGAGUGUGCAAUGUUGCUCACCAGCGAACGACAUUCACAUGUAUCUACAUUACAACGGGUACUCAAAUCACAUACAGGCAAAUGCGGGACUAAAGGAAGUUUUGGAAAUGAACCUCAGUACUAUCCAUAUUCUCCUACUAAUGUGGUGGAUCAACCAGUGGAUAGUAAUGUUUUAAGUUCACACACUUCUUCUUAUGAUCAUAUGAGGAACCCUAAAUCUUUAUUGCCUACUCAGAUGCCUGCUUCUUCUCGAGCUAGUGUUAUGUUCCCAAUAUUAGAUGAAAGUUCUAAUCAAACAUUUAAAAAUACUAUUGAUGGACCUGUAGGAGAAAAUAGUCUACCUAUUGGAGCAGAAGAUGAAAAUUCUGUGGGAAGUAUUGAAAAAAUUUCUUCUCAGAAACUGGAAAGAAAUGAAGAUCUUUAUACAUGGAUGGCUAAACAAGAUUUUGAAAAUUAUGAUUCUCGUAUACCCAGAAAAAUAGUUAAAGCCAAAAAACUUCGAAAUUGGAAAUUACGCAAGAGGCCAUUGUGGGUAUCCGAAUCAAAAAAUAUUCCAUUAGUUACUGAAAAUCAGUCUACAGCCGAUGUAGGAGAUUCUGAUUCCGCACGAUUUAACAUUUUUCUAAAGCAUGACUCAUUAAGACUUUUAGAUGCUCAUCUUAUUUUUGAACCUUUGUUAUCUAGCUUAGGUGUUAUGCCUCAACAAAUGGUCAACUCAAAUACAAGCAAUAAUAGUAUGGCAGCUCUUAAUUCUUGGGGCUCCAAUUUAUCACUUGUUGGUAGUCUAGAAACUAUGCGAAUAGAUAUUGUUGUGAGUGAAUAUGGUAAAAUCUCUGAAACUGAAAAAAAAUCAAAGACAUUCAAACAAAAAUCCAAACAAGAAACUCCGUGGUUAGAUUUAUUGCCUGAAGUGCCAGCUUUUAUUUGUGAUCGUGUCAGUAUUGAAUGUGAUGUUCGGCGUUCAGCAGAUAUGACAGUCGUUGAUGAUAUUUGCAGACAAAAACGUAAUAUGUUGUAUUUAUCCAGAGGUCAACUAAAAAAACAUUCAAACACAUCACUUAAUAUCUGUGUUUCUAUUAGAUACAUAUCUCAACAAGUUAAUAUGCCCUUGUUACGACUUUUGAAUCAAAUUACUAAUAUGUAUCAAAAUGUGAAAGAUACACAAUCAGAACUUCGUGAACAACAACCACCUAUGUAUGUUUCACGUUCAAGUGCCAAGCGUACCACAUCACAUUUUGAUCAUUCAGAACCAGCACCUCUUUCAACGCCAACACUUGCUAAACGUAUUAUUCCACAUUCAGCUAGUGAUAUUAAACCUGUUGUGUCACCUUCUCCAUCAAUACGUUCUAAACAUCAAACUUUAGCACAAAAACUAAGAUCAACUGGUAAAAGUGUUAAAGGUUACAUAAAUUUGAAUGAAACUUCGGUAAAAAGUGAAUGUGUUACUCCAAGUUUAUCAGACUUUGAUCGAAUUCCGUCAAUGAAGCCUAUAGAUGAAACUGACUCUAAUAUGGUUACAUUGACACCUAGAUGCUGGAAAACUGUUUAUCACUUGUUAGAGUUAUAUGCAACUAUGCCUGAAACAAAAACAGUGACACAGAAAAUUUCUGGUUUUGAUGUAUCUGAAGGAUACAAAGGUACACGAAAGUAUGAUUUACUAUCUGAUACUAAGUCAUGUGAUGAUAUUGAUAAAGAUUUAUCAUCUGGUACUCCAGCACUCCUUGUUUCACAAACUAAUCCAAAACUUUCUAAAGAAGAACGUACACGACUAAUUGUGUUUGUAGUUGUUCGUAUUCAUCGUACUAGGUUGUUAGCCACUUUGAGUGGUUUGAAAUUAGAAGCAGAAAUUACGAAUUUACAUACAAGUUCAACAAUUCGUAAGAAGACACGUCCUCCAAGCUUAGAGUGCUCGCUUACUGGUCAUAUAGGUCGUACUAUGAUAGUACUUCUGGAAGGUGUCGCUCCUAAUCAGCAAACAGUUGUUAAAGUUACUGUAGGAAAAUCACAAACUUUAUACUCAAGCAUGAGUCGUCAAACAAAAGAUCAAAACUCAGGUUUGUUAACAAUUGGUGUUGUUAAUAUUGAUAUUCCACAACAUCCAGUUGCUCUUCAUGGUAUGAUGACUAGAGGUAGCAAACAACUCUCAUCUACACUUCAGGAACUACGAGUUGCUCGUGCUUCUAGUCGAAUGGGGCGUGCGCCAACUAUUGAUGAAGGUGAUAUGCAAAGUGUUGCAGGCCCUUUAAACACUAAUUUUCAACAAAGCCCUUUGGUUCAAAAAGUAUUAAAAGAAGAGCUUGAAAAAUCACUUAUUCCUGAACCUAACUUGCUACUUCAACCUCUUGUUAUGCACUUUACAGCAGUUAUUCAAUGUUUAACUAUUACUGUAGCUUUAUUGCCAUCUUUAAGAGCAGAGUACAAAAUGGAUCAAGUUACUAGUACUGGGUAUACAGGAAAUAAAGCAAAAUUCAUUGUUGAUUUACCUCAACAUACAUUGUCAUUCUCUACCAAACUUCAAGUAACUGAAGCUAAUUUGCCUUCUGAAGCCUGUUUGGAGUUACCAAAAGUACAUGUUUCAGCUGAGUAUAUACUUGAUGGUGGUUUGAAAACAGGAGAGAAUCAAUUUUCAGGAACUGGUAAAGAUGGGGCAGUAUUACGACAAGGGAACUAUCUAAGUGCCAUUGCUGAAAUUGGUAUAUUUGAACAAUCAUUGACAACCGAUUUGUUAAAUCAUUUAGUUUUUGUCCAAAAAGUAUUUAUGAAAGAAGUUAAUGAAGUAGUUCAAAAAGUAUAUGGGGGUGAAAAACCUGUUCCUAUAUGGCUAGAAGAUAGUGAUGCUGAUCGAUCUACACCAGUAAAACGAAUAUUAUUUUCACUAACAGUAAAAAUGAAGCGCAUUGAACUAACUGCAACCACACCAACAAAUUGUGCUGUUCGAUUAGAAACUGGCUCAGCUGAUUUUCAAUUGUCUAAUAGAAUUCAAAAUGUAUCAGGUUCAUCAUAUCAAACAUCAGAACAAGUGAAAAUUUUUGUUAAAGCACACAUUGAUGUAAAUUUAUCUCUUGGUCAAGUAAUAAGAAAUCCCCUCUUUGAAGAAGCUGAUCCUGAAUUCCAAAGUUUUGCCUUUUUUAAAACUAGAAUUGAGCUCCGAAAUGCUUUCCAAGGGGAAAUGGUCGGCGAAGGAGAAGAUAAAGAAGUUAUACUGAUUACAUUAAGAAGACCUUUAAUUUAUAUACAACCAAUGGCAGUUGAUAAAGCCAUUUUAGUUUGGUUAAACUACAAAAAUGCUUAUGAAUAUUGGAAUGAACAGAGAGCAAGUUUAAAUAAAGAAGUAUUAACUGCUACACAACCAUCAUCAGAAAAAAUACCUUCUGACAAAAUACCUGUUUCACCAAAUUUAGGAACUAUUUUCUUACAACUCACUGUUGAAGACAUGGGUAUUUGUGUGCCUUUAAAUCCAUUACCUCAGACAACAUGGAGUUUAAACCGUUCAAUUUUUAUGGAUUUUGAAUCAUGUUCAGCUGUAGUUAUUACAUUGGAAUCUACUAGUAUAUCGGCUUGUAGCUCUGGAAAAUUGGUUAGCAAAGGACGUUUUAUUGGAUUAUGUUUAAGAUUUGCUGAUGAUUUUGAUUCAUCUCUUGAUGAUUGGAAACCUGAUAUUACAAAUGAACUUGUUUCUGCUGCUAUGAAUCUCUGUAUUGUUUCAGAAGGAACAUAUGAAGUUUGUAGUCGCACUACUUCUCAAAAAUUAGAUUCUAUUACAGAAAAUGCCAAAUGGUUCUUAAACGUCAAAUGGCAAAUGGAAGGUGUUGACAUGCAUUUAGAUGUCAAUAUUGGAAAGCAACUUAGUGCUUUAGGACACACAUUGACUGCUCUGACUGGAGUUCAAGAUACUGAUGAUCCACUUUCAGAUAGUGAUCCUAUAUCCCAAGAUAGUGAUAUUAUUCGUCAUAAAACAAGUAUGGAAGGAGAUAUAUUGGAGUCUUUGGCUAUAGAUCCUAACAUGAAUGCUAAAACUAAAUCAAAAAUAAUUGAAAAAGAAAUGUAUGAACAAGCAAAAGCUAUAAAUGAUUUGAGAUCUUUGGGAGCAUCUCAAAGUACUAUUGAACAUGAAGUUAAACGUUUACGUGAAUUAGAAGCAAUGGUUUUUAAAGGAUUUAGAAGAGAUAUGAUUCAAAAAUUAAGAAGACAAAGUGUAAAAGGAAAAUCAAGUCUGAAAGGUAAAUUUGGCCUCGGUAAUAAAAGUUCUACCUACAGAUCAAAAUCAUUUAUAAUAUCUCCAUCACAAGAUUUAUUAGACUUUAAAGAAGUAAUUCCAAGUCCUGAAGAAGUGGUAAGUUUAAGCAGUGUAGAAAAUUCACCGCAGACAGGACCACAACACUCAACUUCAUUUAGAGUUCCUCUUCCUGGUCAUGUUACUUUCAGCAAUACUAAAGAAAUAUUUCGACAAAAUUCAUUACCAAGUGCAAGUUCUGAACAAAGUUUAGUAACUGAAGGAGAUGAUUGUUGGCCAAAUACUAACUACAGUAGACAUAGUGAUACCAGGGAUGAUUAUUUAUUAAAUCCAUUGUAUUCAACCAAUGCAAAUCAAAAAUCUCAAGAACCUAACAUUGAUUUUGAACUGGAUGUUAAAGUAUUUAUAAAUAGUGGUAAAUGUGUAUUACAUACUAAAGAUUCUGUAAAAGAAGACGAAAUUAAGAUAAUGUCAAGAAUGAAAAAAGAACGCAGUUGUUCUGGUGGUGUUUUUGAAUAUACACCAGGUAGUCCUAAUUUACCUAGACGUUCUUAUAAAGACAAACUGGGAGCAAAUAGCACAUCUAGUUCACGAUUAAGACACCAUCAAACUGUUACAAAUACAUUAUCCCAGUUAUCAGAACUCACAAUAUUUCACAUUCCUGGUUUAGAUUUCAAAGUACAUUACCAAUCAAAAAUGGUAUCUGAUGAAGGACAAUCUUUAAUGUAUUCAAUUGAUUCAAGUGGAGUGAUUAGUAGAAAAACAAGUACAAAAAAAGCUAGCCUCUAUUGUUGGGCUACACUUCAUAGUAUACCUGAAGAAACAAUAAUAUCUCCUCAUAUAUUGGAGUUUUUAGAGCAGACAUUAGCUCCAAUUCCAGCUCAACAAUUUGUUGAUACAGGUCCUUUUGAUACUAUGUUUAAUAUUGACAAUGAUGAUGACUUAUUUGCACCCUACUUAACUACUGGACAAUAUGCUUAUACCUCAUUUCCUGUUGAUGUUAUUGUUUAUCUUCAUGUGCAAACCUCAACUUUCCGCUUUUCAUGUUUACCAGUUUCAAGAGUUGAAUGUAUGCUAAAAUUACCUUCUUUAGAUAUUGUUUUUUCUUCCAAAAGAACUGAUUCAUCAAAUGAUAAACUCGAAGGAAAUUGUGAAGAACCUAAUAAUUUACCAGUUGCUGUUGGUGGUUUAAGUAUUACUGGAGUAAUGGCUGAUUUCUCUAUGUAUAUUUUUCAUCCAUAUGGAGGAAAAAAAUCGACUGCCAAUUUAAAGGAACCUCAUGAUAAUUCUUGGUCACCACUUGCUGACAGUGAACGCAAAGAUUCUUUGAGUGUCAAUGUUGAGUUUGUUAAAUUUCAUUUGUCCAGAAGUAGAAAACUUAAUUUUGAAUCUUUGCCUGGAUCUAAAUCAACAUCAGAUCAGAGUCAUGCUACUAUUAGAUUUUCUACUAUUGUAGACAUUGGAUCAGCUUCAUUCAAGUAUGAUAUGAGACGUCUAACAGAAAUUUUGGCAUUUCCAAGAGCAUGGUAUAGACGUAGUAUUGUGCGCAGAUUAUUCCUUGGUGACUUAACUAGAACUGUACCAAGUAAUGCAUUCAGUGAUCACAAAAAUAUUUUAGAUCCUGAUGAUUCUUAUGGAAGCCACCUUGUAUUUGAUUCUAAAUCAAAAAUUUAUCGUGAUAAACUUCAUUUAAAUAUCAAAGGAGAUAAACAAAGUACAUAUGAUAAAAAAAGGUUUGAUUCAAGUUAUGAUUCUAGCCCAGAUCAAAAAUCUAAUAGUGGAGGAACUGCUGCGUGGGAAACUUUAGUACUAUUCGCUGUUAAUUUUAAGCGAUUUAAUGUUCAUAUGAAUAUGGGAAAUGUUAUGGGCAAUGUUACUUGGCUUUCAAAACAAUUUCAUUCCGAAGGACGGCUAUCUGUUGGUAGUACAGGUCAUAAAAAUUUACAUAUUGGUUUAGGACUUGGUAGCUCAGGACUUGAUGCUAAAGGAGGUAUUGUUGGUGGAACAAUUGAACUUAAUAAAAUCAACACUUAUGUAUUAAUUAAAGAAGAUCCUGGAUUAGAACCUCGCCAUACAGUCGGAUUAAAAUUACUAGCAUUUGAACUACGUUUAGAUUACAUGGGAACAGCUGUUCUUAUGUCUCGUGUAAGCUUGCUUGAAGUCAUAUUAAAAGAUGAAUGGAAAUUAAUAUCCAAGACCAUGUCAUCAGAUGGCUUAUAUGAAUCAAAUAAAAGACCCGAUAUUGUUUUUAUGCAUGGUGAUCUUGGAUGGGAUCAACUACAGCUAAUGAUAUCUAAAAGCACAUCUUCUGAUAUUAUGAAAAUGUAUUACAAACUAGAAGAAUUUUUCUCACAGCAAUUUAAAUCUAGUAAACGUGUUUUUUCGAGUUUACAUGAACCUAGAGAUUCUCUUAAUAGUGAAAAAAAUUUGAAGAAAAAAUCAACUAGAAGAAGAAUACUGGUGUCUACUUCAAGCCCAGAGAAUUCAAAUCUAGAUGAUUGUAAACACCAUCAUCGACAUUGGCAACGAGCAUUGGAAAUUGUUUCUGGCUUAAAGCUAUCUACAUUUAAAUAUCCUUUACCCCAGUGGGGUACUGUUUUAGGUGGUAAAAUGGAUUUACAUGGUGUUAAUAUAUCUUUGGCUUGCUUUCAUGGAAUAAACUUUAAAUCAAAAUCAUGGGCUCUAUUCUCUCUCAAAGAACCUUGCAUUUCUUUUGCCACUGAAGCUCAUGAAGUAUUUUCAUUUAAUGGUUCUGGGGCUAUAAAUUGAGAUGAUUUAGAUAUCCAUAUUGUACAAAAUUUAACAUUUGGCCUUGGUAUGGAAGGUACUUUACGACCUCAACAUAGUAUGGGGACAGUAUGUAAGUUUAGCCGUAAUGUUUUAUUUCCUCCUCAAUUCAAAACAAUUCAAGAAUGGUUUAACUAUGCUUUUGGAAUGAGUGAACUUGAUGAGGUUUGAAAUAUCAACAAAUUGAGAAACAUUUAAGUAUAUG